AUGGCUAGUACAAAGGUAACGUGUCAGCCUCUCAUCCGAGGGGUCGGUGGUUCGCGUCCCUCCCAAGCACGAGAAGCUUUAACUGUGGGCAGCAGGUUAUUGCUGUGGCUGGACACCACGUUACGUAUGUUGUCGUGGUGCGUGAACGUGGUCGUCCUGAGCGACGACCCCGCCUUCCUGGCCUCGUUCGCCGAGUCGUCGCUCCGGGGCCGCCUCCUGGUGUGGGCCACGAGGCUCCUGGUCGUCACCCGCCUGCCCCUUCACGAGCUCCGGCGGCUCCUCGCCUCCUCCUGGACCUUCUCCAUGAUGAACACUAUAUUCAUUAACUUGGAAGAGGGUUCAGGUGGACUUCGACAGAAGAUAUACACACACUUCCCUUACGGUCGGGAUGGAGCCCAGCUGGUCGAGGUGGCUUCGUGGACGUCGGCGCGAGGCCUCUCCGUCAGGGGUGGCCGCCAGCUGUUUCCGGAGAAGUUUGAGAAUUUCCACGGAGCCAAAGUGGGCGUGACGGCCUUGCCUUUCCGCCCCUACUGGAUCGAGGAGGAGACGAAGGCCCCCGACGGCGCCCUCCUGAAGACGUACUCUGGCUCCGACGGCCUCCUCCUGACGACCAUCGCGGAGGCGCUCAACUUCUCCUUCGUCGUCCUUCCCGUCGCAGGGUGGGGCGAGGUGACCUCCUUCGUGACGGAGAGGAAAUCCAUGAUGGCGGCGAUCUACCACAUCCUCCUGCCGCAGCGAAAGGAACGUUAUGAUUUUACCUUCACGUACGAGCAGAUAAAGACGGACUUCUGCAUGGCCACACCCUCUCUUGGGACCAACUGGCAGAGUCUCUACUACCCGCUGUCUCAUGGCGUGUGGGCGUCGGUACUGGCCAUGUUGGUUGUUAUCUCCUGCGUGUUGUAUGUGGUCACCAGGGUCUUCAGCAGGGACGACGGCCAAAGACUCGGGUCCUGGGGCGUGACAGAGGUCGUCCUGGGAUCCUUAUUGGGCCAGAGCAUAGUGCAGAGGACGGGCAAUGGCAGUAGGUAUCGUGUGCUCGUAGCGACGUGGCUGAUUUUCGCCUUUAUCGUCGGGACAGCUUAUCGAGGGAACCUGACCGCUGCCCUGACGUUGCCCGCGUACCCACCCCGACCCGAGACCAUCGAACAGCUUGUAAAGGCCGUGGAGAGCGUCACGAUGCCCUCCUACGGGACUGAAUUUCGAGAUUUCUUCCUUCAGUCCGGAUCCUUCGAGUUCAAAACGCUUGGUUCCCAGAUGGUGAUCGUGCCAUCUGCCAUGGAUGGUCUUCGUCAGGCGUUGAUCAAGAAGCAGUCUCACAUGGACGGGCGGCGCUACCUGGACCAGAUGAUCGCGGAGCAUUUCACGGACGCGCGCGGGGAGGCCCAGCUGUAUGUGGGGCGUCAGAGCGUCCUUCCGGGGCUGGCGGGCUGGCCGAUCCCCCACGAUGCGCCCUACAAGCCGCAGCUCGACCGCCUCAUGAUGAGGAUUAUCGAGGUGGCCGGCUUAUACGAGAAGUGGAGCGAAGACAUGCUAAGACAAGCCCGACAAGAAGGAAGACAAAAGCAGAAGAUGAAGAAACAAAUGCAGGCUGACAAGCAGGAGGACGACGUAGAAGCAGACAGCAGCGACGGCGCGAAGGCUCUGAACAUCGUCCACAUGCAAGGGCCGCUCAUGCUGCUUCUCCUGGGCCUUCUGCUGGGGGUCCUCGCGUUCGUGUUGGAGCUCGCGGUCGGGGGAAAGACUCGGCCUGCAGUUUCCUAA